CUGUUCUAAUUAUGCGGUUUAUGUACUGGCCAGCCUCGUCGUUGCAUAUCCAGCGUUAGGCGGCAGCAGGGGAUGCGUCUUGAUGAGAGGUACGUUCCGUACCUGCAGAUGGCCGGAUUGUACCAUCUUGCGAGACUGAAUGACAGAUGGUUCCGACUAGACGAGCCACUAGUCAUCGCAUUCGUCGAGAGGUGGCGGCCUGAGACGCACACCUUCCACAUGCCUUUCGGAGAGUGCACCAUCACUCUUCAGGACGUCGCAUACCAGCUGGGGUUGCCAGUGGACGGAGAUUAUGUUAGUGGUUGCCUGACAGACUUCCACCUUUAUAUUGAGGGUGGGAGACCUGCUUGGCAGUGGUUCCAUGAGUUGCUCGGUGUUUUACCUCCCGAAAACCAGGUGCAGAAAUUCGCAGUCAACUGCACCUGGUUUCAGGAGACAUUUGUAGAGUGUCCAGACGGGGCUGAUGAGGAGACAGUUAGGCGCUUUGUCCGGGCCUAUAUCAUGAUGUUAUUGGGCACACAGCUCUUUGCCGACAAGUCCGGCAAUCGUAUACACAUCAGAUGGCUACCUUAUGUUGCUCGGCUUGAGGAGAUGGGUCGCUACAGUUGGGGGUCGGCGGCACUUGCAUGGUUGUACAGGUGCAUGUGCCGAGUCGCCAACAGACAUGUGGUGAAGUUAGCUGGCCCUUUACAGUUACUACAGUCUUGGAUAUUCUGGAGGUUUCCCACUCUUAGACCAUCUGGGUAUGAUGAGAUUAGCUGGCCCCUUGCCUCGAGAUGGUCUGGUUACAAUCCUGGGAUUAGCAACAAGGGACCUCGGGUACAGAUGGCUCGCCUGAAGAUUGACUUGUUACAGCCUUGGCAGGUAAGUACGCAGAACAUGUGUAUUUCAAGUCAUGGUUUCAGUUUAUAUUGUCCAACCCUUUUAAUUUUUAUUUUUCCAGUUCAUAUGGAUGCCCUAUAGCGCACUAGACGUCAUCCAGGUUGUACAUCCGGAGGUCUUGGAGCCUCGGCAUAUGAUGUUAUGGCGGUGCAGGACGUCCCUGAUUUACUUUGCGGUUGUGGAGUGGCAUCAGGUUGAUAGAGUUUUACCUCAGUUUGGCGGCGUUCAGCCCAUACCGUCUCCCGCCUUGAACAUCGACUUCUUGAUGUCGAAGGAUGGGAGAGGAGGUGACCGUUGGUUCCCGGCACAGUACGCUGACUGGCACGUUCACUGGCAGGAGCGUGCGGAGCACAUUCUACAGUUUGAUAUCGUCCCCGACCCCGGUCCAUCACACGAUUUCUUGACAUGGUGGUAUCAGCACGGAAAGAGGUUUCUGUCGCCGGAGAUGUUAUUGGGGGAUCCGAGAGGUAUUCCUAUUCCAGAUGAGGCUACGCAGAGGGGUGCAGGUCGACUUCCAGAUAUGGACCGGGUCGAGGACGUUCCCGACAGACGUCGUAUUGAGCGGAGAGCUCAAGUUGGGACACGUCGUAGCCAGCGGGAGUGGAUCGGGGCGGAUCUUGCUAUGGAUGACGUCGAACCCCCAGUUAGGGGUGGCGGGAGAGUUCGUGGUCGUGGAGGCAGGAGGAGAGUGGGUGCUGCUAGAGAGGGUGCCCAGAUGCCUAUGGGAGGUGAUGUUGCGGGGGUUGAUAGGGCCCAUCGGGGCGGACAUGAGGGUGGGUCGGGUGGAUCUGGUAUGGGAGAUCCGACGACACACACUGAUGCUGGGCUUGGUGGUGGAGGUCUUGGAGAUUACUUCGUAGGUGUUCCCGGUGAUGAUCAUACCCUCCAGGAGAGUACUCCAUGGGUGAGUCCGAGCUCGAUGUUUGGAGACUUGCUUGCUAGUGAUGGCAUUGUGGCCGAGUUUGGUGGACCGCAUUUCCUUGAGGAUAUCCGGACCAUCAUGCAGGAGGAUGAGGCAGCAGCCGGACGGGUUCAGACGACAGGGACACAGCCACCCCUGGAUGUAGAUCUGAACGAGCCUGCCACGGUAGCUCCCCCGCAUCCUUUUGCCAUGGGUGGGACCCCAGCAUCGGCCCAGACUGUUGGGUCACAUUCAGUUGCCGGCCCGUCAUCAUCCAGACCCCCGGAUGCUGCGCGUGUGACCCCGAUACAGCCAGUUCCGGAUGACAGCGACGAGUCUAUUGAGGAUGAGGAGCCACUUAUACGGAGGAGUUUCCGGACACGGGUGCCACGCCGUUGCGGCACUGGAUCGCACCUAUUUAGAUGAUUUGUGGAUAGUGGUGUAUGUCAUGUUGUUAUAUUUAUACUGUCUACC